CUGCGGAAUGCGUGAUAUGCAGGCGUCACCUGCAUGGGCGGGCUCAAGGAUCACCUUCCUCACCUGUUCACUUGCCUGGUCUGAGAAGCAGUCCUCCCAGCAGGUGUAAAGGCCGGUCUGACUUCCAUUGGAACAGCACGGUCAUGGGGGACCAGGAGCUGCCUGGGGUGCUGGUAUCUGGAUAUGAAGGACCACAUGGUGUGUGUAAGGACCAUGUUGGAGACCUGAGGAAGCACUUCCGUCUCAUUACCAUGAAAGAAUUUCUGGAAAACAAAGCACAACUCAGUCCAAAGAUCCAAGCCGUGUACAUCUGGGGUGGAAAGCCAGUGGUAGACAAAGAGCUGCUCCAGAGCCUGCCCUCCCUCAAGGUCGUCGCUAAUGGAGGCGUGGGUGUGGACCACCUCAACUUGCCACUCAUUGCCAGCUUUGGUGUGAAGGUGGCAAACACGCCCCAUGCUGUGUCCAGCCCAACAGCAGAGCUGGGCAUGGCUUUACUGCUGGCUGCAGCUCGCAGGGUUGUAGAAGGUUGCCAGCUGGCUCUCGCACCAGAGACAAAGAGCUUCUCUAUCAACUGGAUGGGUCAGGGGCUGACAGGGGCCUCUCUAGGGAUCAUCGGCAUGGGCACCAUUGGCUAUAAGAUCGCACAGAGGGCCAAGGCAUUCGAAAUGAAGAUUCUGUACCACAAUAGGAACCGCAGGACGCCAGAGGAGGAGGAAGCCGUUGGGGCCACUUAUUGUGAGAAGCUGGAGGAGCUGCUGCCACAGUCGGACUUUGUGAUGCUGGCCGUGAGCCUGACUCCCCAGACCCGGGGCCUGAUUGGGAGGCGGGAGCUGGCCCUGAUGAAGCCAACAGCAGUGCUGGUCAACGUUGGCAGAGGUCUGCUGGUUGACCAUGAGGCUCUGGUGGAGGCUCUUCAGACUGGAGUUAUUCAUGCUGCUGCAUUAGAUGUGACACAUCCAGAACCCCUGCCCAGGGACCACCCCUUGCUGACGCUGAAGAACAUCAUCCUAACGCCUCACAUCGGAAGUGCAACUCACCAGGCCCGACGGCAGAUGAUGGAAGACUUAGUGGAGAGCAUGCUGGCCGCUCUCAGAGGCCUUGCCAUUCCUAACGAAGUGCUGCCUUCAUUGUCACAUGCCUGAGGAGGAUUGAAGGGGAAAAGCCAGUCUCUUCAAGUGCUCUGCACCUCAGACCACAAACAUAGGCUGGGUCUUGGUGGCAGGUCUCAAGGGACGCCACUAGCCGGCUGUGACCCCAAAACCCGCUCCUUUAACCCCCUACUCGCAUACAUUGCAUUCUGAUUAAAAUGUUGGGUCUGUGCUUGUAUUGAAACCCUGAA